AUCACGUGUAGAAGAGGCGGUUGGUCGUCAUGCCUGUAAUGUAGCAGAGCUCCGUGCUACAUUGAAUAUCCGCCUCCAGUUGUCGCUGCAUUUUGUUUUGACAGCUGCUUUUUUCCUCACACCUUUUUUGUUUUACCGAAGAAUGAGCGAAAAUGAUGACAUCGAAGUCGACAGCGAUGCGGACAAGCGGGCACAUCACAACGCGCUGGAGCGCAAACGCAGGGAUCACAUUAAAGACAGCUUUCACAGUUUACGGGACUCUGUGCCAGCACUACAGGGAGAGAAGGCUUCUCGAGCACAGAUUCUAGACAAAGCCACAGAGUACAUCCAGUUCAUGAGGAGGAAAAAUCACACCCACCAGCAAGACAUCGAUGAUUUAAAGAAGCAGAAUGCUCUUUUAGAGCAGCAGGUGCGUGCACUGGAAAAAGCCAAGGGGAAUGCUCAGCUCCAGUCCAACCACUCUUCUGACAGUAGCUUGUACACAAAUCGCAAAGGCAGCGCCGUGUCCGCCUUUGACGGCGGCUCGGACUCCAGCUCCGAAUCUGAACCUGAAGAGCCGCCUACCAGGAAGAAGCUGCGUGCGGAGCCCAGCUAGACCUGGUUGACUCCUCCUCCCCCCACCCACCCACCCCUGAUCUGGAGACGGACUCUUCACCCACCAGCGCCUGCUCCUCUUCCCCGUUUGCACUCGUUCCUGCCUUCUUAUGCUAGACCAGGGGACAGGGUGCCGACCGUGUUAGAGAGGUGCUAUUACUGUAUGUACAAAAACGCUUCGGCCCUCCUGUAUCCUUCUGGCAAGGAUCCUGUCACUCCUACUGUAGCCAGGCAACGAAUCUAAAACCCAACUUUAGGCAGCUCUGUAGUUGAAGUACUUGAUCCUGUUUUUAAUGUAACAAGCAUCCAUAGUCACACGAAUGAUUAUUUGAGUUUUCAGCAAAGCUAAAAAAUCGGUAUAAAGAUCUAUUUGUUUUGGACAAAGCUUACAAUCUACUGAACUUUUCCACAUUUGAUGCGAUCGUAAUUUCGGCUUCUUUUACUUUUGAAAUGUUCAAACUUUUUCAAAGGAGAAUGUAAAGUUUCUUUUGGGGGAAAAAUGGGUCUAAGGACUCUGGAUUUUUCUAUUUCGAUGGCUUAUGUCUUUUUGUCUUUGAACUGUUUGUGCGGUCAAAUAAAUUCCUCUAUUUAUAGUGAUGCGCCAAAAUCAAAUUCUUACCCAUAUAGUAUAUUUAUAUGUCUGAUCUCCUUUGUGCUUUGCUUAAAAGCAGGCAAACCUCCUGUUUAGAAGAUAUUCCGCAGGUAGAAUAUUUAUUUCCCUCUAUUUUUUAAUGUGAUUUGAGAAAAAUAAAUCCUGUAUUUGAUACUGAAUGUUGCAAAAUGCAGUUGAAGGGCAGUGAUUUUUUUUAUGAUAUAUAUAAAUAUAUAUAUGUUCAAUUCAGUAUGUAGUAUAUAGCACUGUAUACUCCUGUAUACUAAAUUGUGUCUGUUUAAAAUUAAUCCCCUUGGAAUUUUCACCUCAGCUGGAAAAGAUUUUUUUUUCUUCCAAAAAAAAUUAGUAUGUAUGUAAUCAAUAUUUGUUUGUUCCAUUCCAUGGAAAUUACAGGUAUGUUGUACAUACUGCCAACGGGUGUCUUGCAAGUUAAGGCAUACCUUUAUUAUAGUACUGUAAAUAAAAAUAUUUUAUCCUUUUUGGAUGCA